AUGAAGCACGUCUUUAUUCUUCUGAACGUCUUCUGGAUUUGGAUUCCCGGGCUCUCUGAAGCCUUCUUAUUCCCAGAAUCUGAGGAUAUUUCUAUGAUUUUCGCAACGGGAUUUUUGCACCGAAUGCGUAUGGCGAUAUGUGUGAAAGAUAAAUUCAAGCUGGGACAAAUGUUUUACGAUGAGUUCGAGUUUGAUGGAUGUGAAGGACAAUAUGGUAAAGCUACCGUAAUCGACAUGCUUCUCUACAAUCCUGACUUUUCCAAACUUGAAAUUCACUUCAACACUUCUCAUUUCGUCAACGGAAAUUAUAUCAAAUCUACUGUAGUCCUCAGAGGCAUCGGUUCAGAAGACGUCACUGCUGACUUUGUCCUGCUUCAAGAUAAGAUCAACGUCUGGGGUCGGUCUGGAGGCUGGAGACUCGCCUACGGAAAACUACACAAUUGUCAUAGUGGCCAGAGAAAAUUGACCUAUACCAGAGAAUCCUACCUCCCACCAUCUGAUGACUCUUCUCAUCUCGUUGUCGAGCGAUUUUUACAACGAAUGGAUGAAGCGAUAAAUUCAAAAAAGAAGCAUAAACUGGAGCAAUUGUUCUUGGAUGAAUUCAAAUUUUAUGGGUGUAAAGGACACUAUGAUAAGGUUACCGUAAUCCAAACGCUUCUCUACUCCCCUGCCACUUCUCAACUCGAAGUUCACUUCAACUCUUCUCAUUUCAUCAACUACAACGUCGAUAUUCAGUAUACUGUAGUCGUCAGAGGAAUCGGUUCAGAAGACGUCGUUGCAGAGUUUAUUCUGAUUCGAGAUAAUAUUGGAAGCUUCUGGAGACUCGGCUCCGGAAGACAACCCAGUUGUCCAAGUCGAAAAUUCGCCGCUUUCGAUGAUCCAUCCGAAGUUUUGACAGCGUUUUUGGAGAGGGUUAGAAGGACUAUUGAGAUGAAAGAUGUGUACAAAAUUGUGAAUUUGUUUGAAAUGGACUUUGAGUUCCGAGGAUGCAAAGCGACCUAUAACAGAGACCAAAUCGCCUCCAUUCUUCUCAAAAUCCCAACAGGAACCAAAUUCUCAUUCACUUCGGAUUCAUAUGAAGAUCAUGGAAACACUUAUAGCUAUAGAGUUACAACUUCUGGAAUCGGUGGAUCUAAUUGGGUGGCUGACUUUGUUUGGAACAAAAGUACCGAGAAGUUGGAGAGAGGAAGUGUACCGUAUUGCUCUAAGGGGCGAGUAUGA